AUGGAUGACUAUGUACAAGAUCAGAUUUUCCAAAGGGAUCAUCCUGUUAAGGUGACUGUUGCAUCACCACUUUUAGAUCCCUCAGAUGCCAAACCAAAAUUUUGUCUCAAGAUCAAAAUAGCUAGCAGCAGUAGAAAUAGUGAAGAUGACGAAGGUUCUUCGGCUGCUGCUGCUGCUGCUGCUGCUAACCUAUAUGGACCUGGUUAUCGGGUAUGUGAAUAUUGUGGCAAAGAAUUCUCAUCAGGGAAAGCUUGGGGCGGCCAUAAGCGGCACCAUCUCAAAAACGAUAAAGAUCUCAAGAAAUCUCGAAAGCUAGAGCUUACCAAGAUCCAUCGUGAAAAGAUGAAGAAACAUGAAUCGAAAUCGGCUAAGAGUGACAGUAGUAGAUGUAAUACCAUCAAAGCUGGAGAUGUGAGUGUAAGUAAUGGGGGAACACCAACCUGUUGUUUGUGUGGCAAAAUAUUCCCUUCCAUGAAUUCUUUGUUUGGCCAUAUGAGGUUCCAUCCUGAUAGAGGCUGGAAGGGGACUCAGCCGCCUUCAUCCUCCGACAAACACAGUUGCUCCUCUGGUCUUUCUGAAGCUGCAGCUGGAUUAGAGGUUGAUCAGAUUGGUUUAUCCAUGGAAAAAGGUUUAGAUGCAGGUGUUGAUCUACUUACAUCCCUAUCAAGUUGGCCCAAGAGAGAGAAGCGUGGGCGGACCUUGGAUCCAAUUGAGGCUGCCUGUCAUUUGGAUCCAGUUGAAGCUGCGUGUAAUCUAAUAGAACUAUCUCGCGACAGUGGCCGAUUAGAGAAACAGAAGAUUGACGACCUGCGAAGAAGAAAGAAGCAGGAAUCAGCAACUAAAGCUUUUCGACCAAAACACAGUGGCAAUCCAACGGAUCUUAAAGAAGGGGUUGAGCUACGAAUUGGGACCAAUGAUCAAAAGGCGGUGUCUUUUGACCAUGAAUGGGGAGAUUCAUACUGUUCUAAUGAAGAGAAAGGCAAGAACAAGGAGUCAGAUGAAAUGGAUGAUGAAAUUCAUAAUAUGAUCACAAAAAAGAAAAACAAGAAGCUGAUGAUGAACUGGAUUGACAAGUUAAAUGAUUCUGAAACUCUAGAAGGCACAGGAUCAUAUAACAUUGGAUGCCGCAGUUAUGAUAAAUCAUUUCCAACAUUUGCCGAAGGGGAUAGAGCUGAAUUAGUGGAUUAUAACUCCAACGUUGAUGUGAAAGACCUUGUACUUCCUGCCUCAGAAGUUAAACAAGCAGAAGAAAUUGAAGAGAAUGGUUCAAUCCCAAUGGGGAUUUCCUCCUUUGUAUGUGAUAUUUGCCAUAAGACUUUCCCCACAGGUCAGGCACUGGGGGGUCAUAAGAGAUGCCACUGGAAAGGGCCAGUUAAAGCUCCAUCACAUGAAGUAGCUUUAAUUGGGGAAGCAAGUCAAAAUACUUCUAAUACUGAACCAUCUGGAGAAGCCACUCGGGCCAGUGAUUGUAGAUUAAGCUUUGACUUGAACGUUCCAUACAUCAUGGAGAAGGGAGAACAGAUGUAG